AUCUACCGGAGAGAGAGAAACAACUGAUUUCAAACACAUGUUUUUGUUUUAUUAAAAAAGAAGAACAGAUAUUAGAGAAAAAGAAAACGGAAUUCUUUUUUCUUAUUCUUCCUUGCUGGUAGUUGUUGGAAGGAGAGCAACUCCGUGAGAAGAUUGCGUUUCACACGGUCUGUCACGGUGCGCGCGUGCCCGGCGCAGCGCGUGUGCCUCGGACUCCCCGCGCACUGAUAUAAAACGGGAAGGUGGAUUUGUGGCAUGUGGAGGAGGAGGAGCAGGUAGAAAAGAAGGAGAAAUAAAAAAGGGCUUGUUCGUGAUGGUGCUCUGUAUGGACAAGAAGCUGUGCCACGACAGAGGGCAACGUGGGUAAAAGAGACAUGCGACACGCAGCCCUGAACCACUGCCACCUCUUCCUGGGCGGGGCUUUGCUGCUUCUCCUGGCCAGCCCCACCCUGAGCUGCCCCGCCCGCUGCGAGUGCUCCGCUCAGAGCAAGUCGGUCAGCUGCCACCGCAAGCGCCUGCCCACCAUCCCCGAAGGCAUCCCCAUUGAGACCCGCGUCCUGGACCUCAGCAAGAACAAGCUACGGAUCAUCACGCCGGACAACUUCUCCUCGUUCCAGCAGCUGGAGGACCUGGACCUCAGCGACAACCUCAUCAGCGUGGUGGAGCCCGGCUCGUUCCGCUUUCAGCUCGCUCUCCGCUUGCUCAACUUUCGCAGCAACCUGCUGCAGCUGGUUCCCGUGGGCGUGGUGUCGGGCCUGACCAACCUCACCCGCCUCGACCUCAGCCACAACCGACUGGUGGUUCUCCUGGAUCAUGCCUUCCAAGAUCUGCGCAGGUUGACGUCCCUCGAGGUGGGCGACAACGAACUGGUUUUCGUCUCGCAGAGAGCCUUCACGGGAUUACUUGGCCUCCAAAGGCUGACCCUGGAACGUUCCAAUCUGACCGUGGUUCCCACUGAUGCCCUGGCACACCUGCACAGCCUGGUCGAUCUGCGCAUGCGCUACCUGAGCAUCAGUUUUCUAAAGCCUUUCUCCUUCAAGAGGUUAUCACGUCUCCGCCGACUGGAGAUUGACUACUGGCCCUGGCUGGACACGCUGCCUCCGCUCUCACUGCACGGCCUCAACCUCACAUCGUUGUUCAUAACCAACACCAACCUGUCUGCCUUCCCUGGCGCGGCACUGCGCAACCUGCCCUACCUCACACAUCUCAACUUGUCCUACAGCCACAUCAAGCACAUUAAUCAAGGAGAGCUGGGUCCACUCCCACACCUGCUGGAGCUCCACCUGCAAGGGUCUCAUCUGAUUUCCAUUGAGCCCUUUGCAUUCGCGGGCCUCAAAUCUUUGCAGCGACUGGAUGUGUCACAGAACCGCCUGGACUCUCUGGAGAGUGGAGUGUUUGCCUUGCCAGACGUCCUCCAGAGGCUCUGUCUGGGUGGAAACCCAUUAGUGUGCGACUGCAGAUUGCUUUGGCUGCUCAAUAGCCACAAGCCCCCCUCUCUGCAGAUUGUGGAUGUGCAGCCAGAGUGCAUCGCCCCAGAGCACCUCCUGGGGAAACCACUCCGUGACCUCAAGGAGCCACUGGUCUCCAGAUACAUGACCUGCACCAAACCCCGGGUUGGACCUAACACGACCCAGCUGCUGAUGGCUGAUGAGGGUCAGCCUGCCCGCCUGAACUGCACGGCGGAGGGAGCGCCUCGGCCCUCAGUGGUGUGGAUUACGCCUCACAGACGCUCCAUCACAACCAAGAGCAGAGGCAGGGUGGAAGUCCAGCCGGAUGGUACCCUGGAGAUCAAGGAAGCGGCGCUGCAUGACAGCGGUGUGUACUUGUGCAUUGCCAGUAACCCCGCUGGAAACGCCAGCCUGUCGGCCUCUUUAGCUGUGAAGAGCCUGGGCAUUGCUGACAGAUCUCACUUUAGCAACAGGAGCUCAAACUAUCAAACAGACUCUAACAGCACGUGGGGUAACGGGACAGUGCUGUACAACAUGACAGUCCCCAUAGACCUUAAGACCAUCAUUAUAUCUACGGCAAUGGGCUGCCUGUCCUUCCUAGGUGUGGUCAUCUUCUGCUUCCUGAUUCUGUUCAUCUGGAGCCGAGGGAAAGGGCGCCACAAGAGUAACUUUGAUAUCGAGUACGUCCCGCGCAAAUCCAAUGGGGCGGCGGCGGACGUAACGGAAACAAGUGGCCCGCGGCGGGUCAACAUGAAAAUGAUUUGAAGAAGAAAAAAAAAGGGAUGCAGACUCACGCAUACGAUAGCUACGAUAAAGUGCACCACAUUUUAGCUGGGAAAAAAAGUUUCUUUUCUAUGACUCGAAAGUGACGUGCUAUUUAUGGUGGGUGUCAAUAUGACGGUGAUCUAGUGAUGAAAGUGGGCAUGUGAAUAUAAUAGUGAUCUAUGAAACCGUGUGCGUGUUUAUAUGAAAUACAGUACAUUGAAUAUAUUAGUAUAACCAGCAUAUCAAUAUGGGAGUGAUAUAGUGCUGCACUAGGCAUGUCUUUCAGUGGUGAUGUGAUGAGUAACGAUGUUGUCGACCCACCGUGACAUCGCGGCGCAGGAGGGAGCCGUUGGGAGUGACGGGGACAUCUUGGCGGUGCUGGAGAGCCAUCAUCGCUGCGACGUGUCACGACUAAAUCGUCUCAACCCCCAUCUCAGCUGCAGAACGGAAGGAGUGUGUGUCGUGUUCAUGUGCGCGCGUGCGUGUCUGUGCGAGUGCAUCGGUGUGCGCCUGUUUGCAUCUGCGCGUGCGUUUAUUUGUGCAUGUGCACGCAUUGCCUUUACUCUCGUUGGACGAAACAGUUUGGGACGAACGAUUGGGUCCAAAGCAUUUUUUUUUUCUCAGGCCUUUGUUUGUGUUCGGUAUCGUCGCUGUUGACUAAAGCCGAUGAUUAUCUAUGUUUUGUAUGCAAAAAAAAUCACUGGUUAUAUUUAAGAGAAAUGCUGCGUACAUUCAGAAGAAAAUGAUAUUAUUAUGUCAUUGCCCUUCCUUUGGAAUGACUCAUUGGUAUUUUUCCAAACUCAAGGAACACACAAUAGUUGCAAUGUGACGUCUGAGCUUUCUUUUCUUUUUCUUUUUUACCGGAGCUCCCUUACACUUUCCCUGAGCGAUAUCGGUGGUCAGAGCUGUUAUUACUCUGGAAAAGCUUCCUGCCACAGAAAUGGCAUGUUGAACCCAUUUUAUAACAUUAUAAAUCAUCGGCGGAUUUUCCUGCCAAACAAAUCCCUCGAUAUGAUAUAAAAGAGUCGGCAGAAUGGCGAAGAUUUACUGGCCGGUGCCCUCUUUGGGACAAGACAAAGUUGAGCUCCACAGAUUUAUGGGUUGUAUUUCCCCUCCUAUCACAUUUUUUCUCUGAUCGCACUUCUUCAAGCUAGCGUGUCCAGAUUCUUCCCUAGGGAGCCACGGGUAUUUGGGGGUAUUUAAUAGAUGGCAAUUUGAAAGUUGUAGUUGAAAUCUUGUAUUGUUUAGUUUUUUUGUUGAAAAUGUUUUAAAUGUUUGAGAAAAAAAGAAAAGAAGAAAAAACAGUUAAAAACCAAUUAAGGGCAAUUGUUUGUAAUGCAGGGAGGUGGGUGUUAACUUGUGUGAUCCUGUUGUGAUAAAAUGUUUCAAGGUUGUAUAAUUGUUUUCAUAUGACAAAUUGAUGGGUAUAUUUUCAAAAGGAAAUAAAUCUUAAUCAUAACCCGAUCAAUGGACUUGCGGUAGUUUACAUUUUGUUUCCUGACUUUACGGUGAUGUUGACACAUUUAAUUUUCAACCCUGUCGUAUUAAUCCCUUUCUCUCAAUGAUAUCAAUGAUGAUAUUUAAAAUUCUUCCUAUAAUCCAUAUUUCUCUGUCACUGAGUAUUGUAUUGAUCUACAGUCAUGCCUUUUUCAUAUUCCAUAUAUCAUGUCAUAGUAAACCUUUUGUUGUAACAACCCAACAUUUAUGUCCUUUUUACUUGUAUGAUCAGUGUAUUAUCACAUGGGGCAAAGUAAUUGGUUUAUUACCAUAUCUUUAUUUUAUUUUGCAGGAUACCUUGAAAGCUCAGCCUGUGUUUCCUGUCCAGACCUUGUACAACCACCAAGCUCGAGCAAUGUAUUCGUUCAGGCUGUUCAAAAGCACGGCUCGUAGUUAUUCCUAAAAAAUAGUGACGCACAAAAAAUGUUAUUUGAUAAUUCAACAAAACCGCUGUUUAUAUUCCACGUUCAUCCAAAAGAUCACAAUGUUGCGUAACGUCGCUUUCAUUUUGAAUCCAAAACCACAAACUGAGAUAUCCCUUCAAGGCCAAACUGCAGCUCUUACAGUAUUUGACUUCAGUCCACGCUGGUGGCGUAGGCGGCUCUCGGGAUAGCGCAGUUAUUUUGUUCGCCAAGAGUCCCCUGCGUAUAAAUACUAAGGAUCCCUGACUCUUAAAUGUCUGAGACUUCCCCGUCGUUAACCCAAAGCUCUCCUACUUGAUGUCCUCCUAUGUUCCGUAAGUCCUACGGUUUGGGCUUCCUCGCUGUGUCGUUUCCCUCAGAGUCCUGGCGGUGCUGACAAAUUCUAGAUUGUUCAUUCAUAUUCAAGAUCUGAUCGUGCUUCACACUUUGUGGUCCAGACGGGGAUUGGAAAAAUGUGCAUGCAUAUACAGUAUUCGCUGUUCACGCUGAUCAGAAGACAUCCAAACACGUCAGAAUUGGGACACUUUGAGCUGCAGCGUGCGUGUGUCGGUUGAAUAGCCUUUGAACAACAACAAAACAUACGCACACACACAUUACAUGACUUUCUGUUUUAGCAUUCCCGCUCAAACAGAAAGGGUCCUUUUCAGACGGCACUUCCCGCUAUCAUGCUAACGGUAAAAAUAUAAAAAGAAAGAGUGGUCUUUUUGUGUGUGAAAGCUCACAGGAAAUAUUCAGUGCAAUCCUGAAGUCCCUUCAAUAAGCUUUUUAUUGCUGUUGCAGGAUCCCUUUUUACCCCAGAGAGUGCUGUAUACAAUGGAGAAGAAAUGUAUUGCAAGUGUCACCUUGUGUCCGCACAUCACAUCUCUUGUUGAUGGAGGAUUUCCUCAUCAGUUCUUCAAUGAUUCGAGCUCACACAACCUCGUAGAUUAUAGUAAUGGAAUGUUACAGAAGCCUGUACUCAGUCAGGCAAAGAACCCACACGCCAUUAGCUUCGUUUUACGCCUGCGAAGGAAACGGGAACCGUUAUCCACUGCAGUAAAAAAAUAUCAUGCCAGGACUGAAUCAAACCACUUGAAGAGUGUUUGGUGUUUAGACUGUGGGCCAUGCGCCCUUAAAUUAAUGAUUUCAGACAUCAUAAAGGAUCUUCAUAAAAAAUCUGUCACAACCUUGCAGCCUCAUCAAAGCCCAUGAAUCAAAGUGAACCAGACUCCGUGGGUCUGGGUGCUGCAUCAGCGUCAGUUUAGCUUGGUUGUCAAACAGGAUUUUCCAGAGAUCCAGGUUUUUUGGGGGUGGCUAUAAGUUUAUCCUGUCUCAUGAGAUCAUGUUUCUUCGAGGGCUAACGUAAUCACUGCAAGUAAGAUAUGUGCAUGAGUGUAAGAUAUGUCGGCACAGGGACAAUAUUUGAGAAUUGGAAGCACUCUGGUUUACGAUUGUGGCCCAAGUGGUUUUGACCAAUCACAUUUGAGCUGACUUUGGUUGUAUGGAGGUUGGCAGAGGAAAAGAGGCGCAUCCGCCACAAUGCAAUCUCAGAAACCUAUUGGCCAUCUUUUGGCAAUGGUUUAGCUUUUUAUUAGCGUCCUAUUUCAUUUAUUUGCAUUCAUACGCAUAAAGGGGGUAAGAGAGAUUAUCCGUAGACGUCAUCUCUCAACACCAUAUACAGUCUCGCAACGGAAGUUGACAUAUCUGACUGUAAACAGUGACUGGUGCACAAAAGAGGAAGUCUUGGUCCAGAUAUCCAUUACCUGGAUAUCACAGUUGUUAGAGCGACCUUGAGUGCCUUGAAAGGCGCCUUAUGAAUAAAAUGUUUAUUAUUAUUAUUAUUCCCAAGGUUUCUAUAACUGACACUCUGCAUCUAAAACCGACUAAAUAGGCACCUUAGGCGACGGAUAUGAGUCACACAGGGAUUUCAAGUGACUACAAUGUACACCCAUCCGCAUCAUUAUUAGACACUGUGUGGGAGUGUGAUGAAGUAGGACAAAGACCAAAGAUCUAGGAGGCCUGUAUUUCACUUAGUUCAUGCACUUUAUUUUGGUCAAUCAACUUCUCACUCCGGACAAAUGUACCAAAGUUAAAAGAAACAAUUUGUCAUGAGGUGUCACGGUUGUCGCAGCGAGAGAGGACCCAAAUGCCGACAUAACUUCAGCAAAAAACAAUAUUUAUUCCAACAAACUAAACAGGACUAGAAAACCGUGGACCAAACAGUACGAAGCCACACUGGGAAUGAGACGAACAGGGUUUACAUACACAGGCAGGCGGAGGUGAUUGGACAACGGGGAACGAGACACAGGUGGACACAAUGAGGGCGGGACCAGCAAUCACACAGAAGGAAACAAUCAGGACCAGGGCAGACAAUCACAGGGAGACAGACGACACACGGACUUCAAAAUAAGACACAAAACGAGACACAAACUCCAGAUCAUGACACAAUUGUAGUUAUUUCUUCUGGGCUCUUCUCACUCUUUUUGAGUGGGCGUGGCACAUUUGCAAAAAGAUGUUAUCAGAUUACACAGACAUCAAGUCUUGGACAAAUGGCACCUGGCAUACUAAUUCAGAAGUUAGCUGAUUUACCGCCUUGAUUCUACUUAUUCUAUCAUUAUUGCAUCCUCGUACCAAAGCUUGAUGAGACUCAGACCUUUUUCCACGCCGCAUCUGCCGCACUUGUGUUACCAAUCAUUGUCUGCUUGCUCCAGACGUCUUUGAUCCGGGCUUCACAGCGACCCAAAUCCAUACAAAAUAUUGGAGUUUUGUGCAGUGGCUCUUUCCAGUGCCCCGAGGCUAGCUGAUGAUGGAUAGAUGAUAAUGGAAGGUCAGACGCUAAUCGAGCCGGCCAGCAGGUUCAUGCCACGCAGGACCCCAGAAGGCCCUGGAUGGAGAGCUGUAAAAGUGUAAUGCUGUAUAGGCUUUUGGUUUUGAUGGUGCUGGUGUUGUACUGUUUUAAUAAAAAUCUGCUCCUCUGUA